AUGAAUAAUCAUUCUAUUCCUAUUCCAAUUCCGUGCCUCCACGACAGCAGACAAGAAGGUGGAGGAAGAGGUGCUCCAUAUCCGCAACAACCACCCUAUGGGGUUCCACAUGGAAUAGCUGGUGGUUAUCAACAAAAUAUGUCAACACCAUACGGUGGUAAUCAAGGUGGAUUCGAAGGUCCUAGUAAUCCAUACAAUCAAGGAGGAUAUCCUUCUUAUGGCCAAAGCGGUAACUAUGGUCCUGGAGGUUAUUCAACUUUUAAUCAACAACCGUAUGGUGCCAAUCCGUAUGCACCAAAUCCCAGCACUUCAGGAACUGGAUAUCCUCCGCCACAAACUAGUGGCUAUGGACCUAGUUCUGGUAAUUUCAUGCCAAAUGACCAACGUACACAAAGAUUGAAUCAAGUUACUCAACAAUAUGAAAUCAAUCAACAAUUUGCUGCACGCCUAUAUGCACUUGGAAAUUGUGAAGUUGUUGUUUUAUGUGAUGAUUCAGGUAGUAUGAAUACACCAAUUCAAGGUACAAAUCAAACACGAUGGGAUGAAUUAAAAUCUCUUGUUAACAUUGUUGUUGACAUCUGUUCUGUUAUGGAUUCAAAUGGUAUUGAUAUUUAUUUCUUAAAUCGAGAUCCUAUGCUUAAUGUAACUGAUGCACGUUAUGUUCGUCAAGUAUUUAAUGCGCCUCCACAAGGUUUAACACCACUUGUACCAGCAUUACGAAGAAUUCUUGCAGCUAAACGUAAUCAACCAUAUGAAAAGAAAUUAUUAAUUCUUAUUGCUACUGAUGGAGCACCAACUAAUGAAUAUGGUCAACUUGAUGUUGGUGCAUUAGAAGCUGUUUUACGUCAUGAACGUACACCACAAACUUAUGUUACAUUUUUAGCAUGUACAGAUGAUCUUCAAACAGUAAGUUAUUUAUCAAAUUGGGAUAGAGUGAUACCAAAUUUGGAUGUUAUGGAUGAUUAUCGUUCGGAACGUGCUGAAAUUCAACGAACACGUGGAGGAAAUUUUCCAUUUUCAUUUGGUGAUUAUAUUGUUAAAUCUUUAUUGGGUUCUAUUGAUUCUUGGUUCGAUUCAUUGGAUGAUCGUGCCUAG